UUGCAGCCUGCAUUAGAGGUUAAAAAAAGUGAACUUCAAUCAGUGGGUAUCUUAAAAAAAAUGUCCAGGAUGAAAGUAAAUCCACGUGUGUUUUUCGACAUCGAAGUCGGAGGCCUUCCUAUGGGACGAGUUAUUUUCGAAUUGUACAUGGACAUUUGUCCACUUACAUGUGAAAAUUUCCGUGCACUAUGUUGCGGUGAAUUGGGACUUGGCAAGACAACCGGGAAACCAUUGCACUACAAGGGCACAGUUUUUCAUCGCGUAGUCAAGGAUUUUAUGAUUCAAGGCGGUGAUUUUUCAGUGGGUAAUGGUACUGGUGGAGAAUCUAUUUACGGAGGGACUUUUCCAGAUGAAAACUUUUCUGUACAUCAUACAAAGCCAUUUCUUCUUUCGAUGGCCAAUCGUGGUAAAGAUACUAAUGGUUCCCAGUUCUUUAUUCCUGAUUUCUUGAAUAAUAGAUCAAAUAUUAUCAGGAAAAGAAAUAAUUUAAACCAGGUGAACUCGUUGACUCCUCGAAAGCUCAAAAGAUUAUAUAAAAAUACAACGCAACCAGCGCCUCAUCUCGACAAUGUCCAUGUGGUUUUCGGAGAAGUUGUUUCCGGCCAAGAAGUUGUUUCACACAUUGAGGGUCUUCCAGUUGAUAGGAUGUCUCGACCACUCCAAGAUGCCAAAAUCGCCAAGUGUGGAGAACUAGUUUUGAAAGUCAAAACAAAAUCAAAAAAACGAGAGAAGGGUUCAAGUUCUAGCGAUUCAGACUCUGAUUCAUCAACGGAUAAGAAGAAGCGUAAAAAACACAAGAAAAAUAAAAAAAGAGCUAAGUCAGAAGAUGGAGAAUUGAAUGAUUCUCAUGAGGAAGAGGAUGAUAAAAAUGUACAUCCGUUGGUAUCAGUUACAAAGAUAGAUCCUGAUGAAAUACCAGAAGUGCCAGCUAAUAAAUUUCUGUUUCGCGCUGGGCCUACAAAUAAUUCUAAUCAAAAAGAGUAUCGGCAACAGCGUUUUGGUGGGCGAGAUCGUAUGCGAAUUCAACGGAAAACUGGUCGAGUUUUCAAGGGUAGAGGAAUCUUUAGAUACCGAACUCCUUCUCGAAGUCGUUCUCGAAGUGUUACUCCACCCCAUUGGAAGCAAGCGCAAAAUCGUACAGUAAAAUUGCAUGAACUGCAUCAAAAAGAUAAUAAGAAGCCUGAAGAUGAUUAUCCGGCUCUUAGUAUUCCAAAGAAACGGAGAUUUGUAGAAAACCCUGGAGAAGAUGAAGAGAUUAAUAACAAAAAUGAUGAUUCUAAUAAUGACAAUCAUGUUUCUGAGCGUAGUAAGCUUUCAAAAGACAAUCAGCUGCAAGAUGACAAAGAGAGGUGGAGAAACGAUGAGAAACAUUACAGAAAUCCAGAUAACAACGGUAACAAUAAUUACCGUAUGAAUUUUAGAAACAGAGACAAUGUGGAUUAUAGACGCAGAGACAGAAAUCGCGAUUACAAUCGGCCAUAUCGGGGUAGGUUUAACUCUAGAGACCGUAGCAGACGUAGCAGAGGUCGUAGAGACUCUAGAGAUCGUAGUAGACGUCGAUCACGGGACCGCGAUGAUCACCGCAGGAGUCGUAGAGGUCGUGGCGAUAAACGAAGCGACGAUGAAACACCGCGCUGCUCAAAAGUACGUUCAUCUGUCGAAGUUCAAAACAAAUCAAAAGAUAAGAAAACUCAUACUCCCAGUUCUGCAGAAAAACCGAAAUUUCAACGCCGUUCACGAAGCUCUUCGUCAUCUUCUUCUAGUAGUCACUCGAGAAAUUAA